UGUGUGCGUCUCUACUAUGCUUUUGUCGUGUCGCCUGAAAACCUUGUGCCAUGAGCACGUUUUAAGAUCCUGCUUGCAGUUCAGAAAAGGCCUUGCUGAGAUUCCCGAGACACAUUGAAGCUACUAGUCAGUUUGGUCAUGGGUCAUGUGACAUCCGCCCUCUGUGACUUCAAUACAAGUAGAGGGUGGCUGGCUUUGGGCCAAAGAAGAAGCUUUGAAGAAAAGGCUUUUUGUUUGUGGAUGUUGCUCAUCUCCUGGGGUAUCUCUCCUUCUGAAGCUGUUAACCCCUUUUUUCUGCUGUUAUCGUGGCACUUUUGAAAUAUCUCAAUAUUGAGUUGAGGUAAUCCUAAUUGAAAUGUUAAUAUGCAUGUGUUUAGCAUUGCAAUUUGGAUAUGUGUUGGCAUGAUUACAUUUCUUUUUUGCAAUUUUUUCAGUAAAGAGGUAAUGGCGAGAGGUAAUGGCGAAUGAGGAAACCUCAUAGGCCGGUCUGGAUCAUUUGCUUUUGCCUAGAAUAUGUUAAACAUUGAUUCCCAGGGACGGAAAUGGUCUGGCUAAUGAUUUAUCCAGAUGCUUUAUUUGUUGUUUAUCGAGAGACGGGCCACAAGGCCGGCCCACACCCCCACAACCUUUAUCCCCCCCCCCCAAAAAACACACUCACAAGCACAGACUCGAAUGUUAGUCCUCCAUUCAUCAGACAGCGGGGCAUCCUAGCGUCAGUAGGCUAUGCACUACCUUGUCACACCUUAAGGUGUGACAAGACUUAACUCAUUGCGGUUAGCAUAUUGUCCUGGUCGCACCAUAAGCUGAUCCACAACAUGUUCCAGGGCUGCACGUUGGACCGAGGGCUGACUGGGGUAUUGUCAUUGUCCCCCCCCCCCACCCCCCCCUCUGUGACUGUAGAGAAAAGGGCCCUGGUUAUUCAGAGGGGCGCCGUCCGCAGACACCCACUGCCUUUCCUAUUAAAAGGAGACUCUUUUCCCAGCUGCUUUGCCUGGUCGUACAAGGACAAUAAACAGGUGGUGUACACCUUUCUAGAGUACAGCCCCUUACUGGAUUCCUCCAACAUGUCGACCGAGGACUGGGGAAAAAUCGGGAAAGACAUCGAGAAAAACUACGAGUGCUACAAUGGCUUCGUGAUCCUCCACGGCACGGACACCAUGGCCUACACGGCCUCCGCCCUGUCCUUCAUGUGUGAGCACCUGGGCAAGCCCGUCAUCCUCACUGGCUCCCAGGUGCCAAUUUAUGAAAUGAGGAGCGAUGGCAGGGACAACCUGAUGGGGGCGCUGCUGAUUGCUGGACUGUUUGUAAUUCCAGAGGUAUGCGUGUACUUCCGCAACAAACUGUACAGGGGAAACCGCGUCACCAAAGUGGACACUGGGAGUUUCAAUGCCUUUGCCUCCCCUAACCUUCCCCCCCUGGCCAAGAUGGACGUGGAUAUAACAGUCAACUGGGACACGGUGUGGAGAGCCAACACCUCCACCAAGUUCCGCGUGCGCACAGAGCUGAACCGCAACGUGGGCCUGCUGAGACUGUUCCCUGGCAUCACCGCGGCAACCGUGAGGUCGUUCCUGCAGCCGCCCAUGGAGGGCGUGGUCCUGGAGACCUACGGCACCGGGAACGCCCCCGACAACCGCGCCGACCUCCUGGCCGAGCUGAAGGAGGCCACGGACCGAGGCGUGAUCAUCAUCAACACCACCCAGUGUCUGAGGGGCACCGUGUCCAAGGUGUACGCCACGGGCGAGGUCCUGUAUAAAGCGGGGCUGCUGCCCGGCGUGGACAUGACCCCCGAGGCGGUCCUCUCCAAGCUGUCUUACGUGUUGGCCAUUGAAGGGCUGGACCACCAGACCAAAAAGAAGAUGAUGGCCCAGAACCUGCGAGGGGAGAUGAUGGCAGACCUGGCGGGAGCCAAGCUCGACCUGAGUGACAGCCGCUUCAUCCAGGUCAUCGCCAAGUCGCUCAGCAUCAGCUGCAAGGAGGAGCUGGAAGCCAUCCGCGACGCCCUGGCCCCCCCGCUGGCCUGCGCCGCCGCCAAGAUCGGAGACGUGGAGGCCCUGGAAUCCAUCCGGGAAAUGGGGAGUUACCUGAGUGUUGGCGACUACGACGGACGCACACCGCUGCACAUCGCUGCGUGCGAGGGCCACCUGAAGGUGGUCCAGUACCUCCUGGAGCACGGGUCCAGCGUCCACAGCCGGGAUCGCUACGGCGACACACCCCUGUCUAACGCAGUGCGCUUCAGACGCAAAGACAUCGUGAGGCUCCUGCGGAAGACCGGAGCCCACCUGUCCCGAGAGCAGCUGGCCGUCUCGGGCACAGAGCUGUGCAGCCUAGCGGCGCACGGAGACCUGGACGGUCUGCAGAUCUGGCACCUAGCCGGGGCCGUUCUGAACACCCCCGGGUACGACGGACAGUCGGCCCUUUCAGUGGCCACGGGGGCUGGGAAGUUGGAGGCCGUCGCGCUUCUUAAUCGCCUCCUGAGUGCCGAGGAUCAGGGAAAAGGUGAUGAGUAGGAUGAUGGUGACGGGGGUGAGAGGGGGAUCAAGCCCAACCCCCCCUCUGGAGGGAUGCUAGACCCGGGAGGGCUCCUACGCCAGCCAGGCUCGCUCACUGCCUUUCCCAGAGCGGCGCCAUCGCCUCCCCUUCCAAUGUUCCAGCGAGUCCUGCCGCUUCAGCGCGUCCUCGGCCCCUUUGUGACGCGGGUCUCCGUACGCCACCAAACACGAGCACAUGUGAACCUUUAUUUCUGGCAUCACUUUUCGCCAAGGUUAUGUGUGUGUGUUAUUUUUAUGUUCAUCUAUUGUAUGUUCUUGUAAAUGUUGUUUUUCCACUUGUCCAUACCAGGCAAUCAGGGAAUCUUCUGUCAAUGGCUCAAAAAGAUGAUGAGAAGAAAUUGACACGCUUUGUCUGGGAAUCUGUAUCCCACCUGCUGUUUUAGACAUCUGCUGUCCGGAGACCUUCCUAUAUAUGGGUUUAUGAAUUAAUAUGUCGGUAGUUUCUGUUAACUUACUAGAAUUGAAUGAGAUUGCAUCGUUGAAUAUUGUGAAAUGGAAAGAUUUUUAUUAAUAUUGUGAGUUAAUUGUUUUUUGUGAAACGAACAACGAAGUCAGCAUCUGUGAACCUAUCCAGUAUUUGCUGAUGCGGAAAAGUGUGUGUGUGUGUGUGUGUGUGUGUGUGUGUGUGUGUGUGUGUGUGUGUGUGUGUGUGUGUGUGUGUGUGUGUGUGUGUGCACAUGCUCACACUUUUAUUAAACCUAGUGCUACACUUGCACUUGAGAUUCUUGAACCAUAGUUUCCGGCCUUCUGUAUGCUGUUGUCUUUGCUGCUGAACUGAUUGCGCACUGUGCUGGACUUCUGGUGCUUUUACUGAAGAGGAGUUGUUAUAUUUGCAGCGCUUCAUUUUCACUUUUGACCAUGUUUGUACCCAAAGCCAAUGAUAAAGUAGUUACUUGAAUGUAUUCUUCUAAAGCAAUCAAUUAAGGUUUGUUGAGUUUUUAAUUUUCUGUGUUUUGUUGGACAGCAAUCAGGGUUAUGGUAAGGGUUUUGUGUACCUGUCAUAUCAACUAUGUUUAAAUGCUGUUCCUGUUUGUUUCGAAAUAAAAUGUAUGAAAAACAUUUAAUAAAUACGUCCCUUUCUAAAUAAA